ACGGCUGCAUAUUUUAUGCAUUUUUAGUGCUGUGAAAACUUAAUAAUUUUUUUUAGAAAACAAUUAUAAUUCCAAAUAUAACAAACAAAUGCAAGAAAAUUAUUAUUACAAAAUUAAAAGCAAAAAAAGUACAAUUCUUUAACGAAUGACUUGCGCUUGUUCAUCGUCUUGAAAGUGGAAAGAAGAAAAAAUACGAACGAAUUUUAGUGUGAGACAAAAAGAAAUAGACAAUGUUAAAUUUUGCCCAUGGCAAAGGUUAUAAGUGCAAAAGGGUAGGCUAUAUAAUGCAAAACCUUUAAGAAAACAUUUGCCUGCCUAAACCGUGAGAGAGCAAGAGAAACAACUACUGCUAUUUGAAAACGUAAAAACACUAUAUCUCUCUUAUAAAUCAUAAUUGAAGAAGUGUACGUGUUGUUAUUGUAAAAAAAACGCGAGUGUAUUUUAUGAGAAGAUUGCAACUUUUUUUAUUUAAUUUUUUUCCUUCAAAUUUCACUGUGAUUUUUAUUUUCAUUUUUUAUUUUGUACAAUUUGUCAUUUAAUAAUAAUUUUUUGUGCGUGUAUUACAAACAAAAUUAUCCAAUAAAAAUAAGUAAUUUUAAUUAUAAUUAGAUUUCCCUGUGAAAUCUAAAUUAUUGUUCUUAAACAUUGUGUUUUAAAGAAAAAUAAAAACCUUUUAUUAGAAAUUUAGUUAAAGUUUUAAUAAAAAAAAUAUGAUGAAAAUGGAGACUGAUAAAAUUAUGGAUGAAACUAAUUCCAAUUCACAACCUUUUACUUCAACCAUGCUGUAUGAUCCCGUACGCAAGAAAGAAUCCUCCCCCACAUUUCAAGUUGAACGUGAAACCUGUUUGACAUACUUCUCACAAUGGAAUGAAGCUGAUCAAGUGGAUUUUGUUGAACAACUACUGUCACGCAUGUGCCAUUAUCAACAUGGUCAUAUCGAUGCGUUUCUAAAGCCAAUGUUACAGAGAGAUUUUAUUUCAUUAUUACCGAAAAAAGGUUUGGAUCAUAUUGGUGAAAAUAUCUUAUCAUAUUUGGAUGCAGAUUCUUUAAAGGCCGCUGAAUUAGUAUGUAAAGAAUGGUUACGCGUUAUAUCAGAGGGUAUGCUCUGGAAGAAAUUAAUCGAACGUAAAGUUCGUACAGAUUCCUUAUGGCGUGGCUUGGCCGAACGACGUGGUUGGAUUCAACAUUUAUUUAAACCACGUCCUGGUUCGAUACACAGACCACAUUCUUUUUAUCGGGCAUUAUUUCCUAAAAUUAUGAAUGACAUUGAAAGUAUUGAAAAUAACUGGAGAACAGGACGUCAUAUGUUGCGUCGCAUCAAUUGUCGUUCGGAAAAUUCAAAAGGUGUUUAUUGUCUGCAAUACGAUGACGUUAAGAUUGUAUCAGGUUUACGUGAUAAUACCAUUAAAAUAUGGGAUCGUACGGAUUUGCAAUGUGUAAAGACUCUAACUGGUCACACUGGUUCAGUUUUGUGUCUUCAAUACGAUGACAAAGUCAUUAUCAGCGGUUCAUCCGAUUCAACGGUACGCGUCUGGGACGUUAAUACCGGUGAAAUGGUCAAUACCCUCAUACAUCAUUGUGAGGCCGUUUUACAUUUACGUUUCAAUAAUGGCAUGAUGGUUACCUGCUCUAAGGAUCGUUCAAUUGCUGUUUGGGACAUGACUUCGCCAAGUGAAAUAACUUUACGUCGUGUUUUGGUGGGUCAUCGUGCCGCUGUCAAUGUCGUUGAUUUCGAUGAGAAAUAUAUUGUGUCGGCUAGUGGUGAUCGUACAAUUAAGGUUUGGUCAACUUCAUCGUGUGAAUUUGUGCGCACGUUAAAUGGUCAUAAACGUGGCAUUGCCUGUUUGCAGUAUCGUGAUCGUUUAGUGGUCAGUGGUAGUUCAGAUAAUUCAAUAAGACUUUGGGAUAUUGAAUGUGGUGCUUGCCUACGUGUGCUUGAGGGUCACGAAGAAUUGGUACGUUGCAUACGUUUCGAUUCCAAACGUAUUGUUAGCGGUGCCUAUGAUGGCAAAAUCAAAGUAUGGGAUUUAGUGGCAGCUUUAGAUCCAAGAGCACAAUCCAAUUCAUUGUGUCUGAAUACUUUAGUGGAACACACUGGUCGCGUUUUCCGUUUACAAUUCGAUGAAUUUCAAAUUGUCAGCAGCUCACAUGAUGAUACAAUAUUAAUAUGGGAUUUUCUUAAUUUUACACCAAAUGAGAAUUCUACAGUUCGCACACCUUCACCUGCUCUCAUGGAACAUUAACAAUUUAUAAAAGAUCAGAUGCUUAGACAUGACGGUUUAGCUGUUUUUUUGGAUUACGGUAAAUUUGAAAAAACGUAACAGCUGUUGUUGAGUGUGUGUGCAUGGGUCUCAAAUCAUUCAACAUUGUUGCGUUUUUAAACAAAAAAUAUUCCGUUACACUUGUGCAACCGAUCUCUCUCCCUUUUAAUCUCUACUAAUAAAACAACAACAACUUCUCUUAUUAAAAAAAA